GCUAGCCUGGCAAACCGUCCUCGCCAAAAUGGAAACAUCGGUCUGCCACGACGCGUCAUCCAACGCUGUCGAAUUAUUGUCUGCUUGCAACUGCAGCGUCGUGUUGUGCUUUCUUGUCGCUCGUUUAAUUGUUUAUCCGCUCCAGAGGCUGAUUGGAUCCUGUAAUACCUGGGAGCAGCAACUUCAGGCCCACCACGGAUAACGGCUCGCAGUAGCCUGCAAGAGCUCAUGUUGCCAGCAUCACCGUAGUUGGCCUUCUGUUCACUUUACCUUCACGUUCCCGUUGCGCCAUGCCGAUCCAGCACACCUUCAUGGGCCGGCCCGUUACGCUGCAGAUGCCCCCGCGCCGUUUCCAAGUCAUCUUUAUCGUCCUGUUCUUCUUCAUUAUUAACUUUACCUUUUACGGACCUCCGUCACGCGAUAGCAUCCCAACCUACGAUCAAGUGGCCGAUGCUGUAAAGCAUCCCCAAGCCCACGUGCCUGAUCUGGGCCAGCUGCCAGCUGUACCCAAUCCCUUCGGUCCCUCAGCCCACAAGCCUCCGCCUGUCCAGGCCAACAGCACUACCGCGAGUGCCUACGGUGCCAUAGAAUGGCUUAGUGACUUCAAGUGGCGCAACCCUUUCUCCUACUCCGUAACCCUCGAUGAGAACACCGCCCUGCUACCUCCCCUACGCGAACGACCGCCCAUUUACACCUACUACGAUGUCCCGAAGAAGCAGGACAAAGACGUGUCUGCGGCAGAGCAACGGCUCAUACUGGCAUGGCGACGAGCAUGGUGGGCACAAGGCUUCAAGCCCGUUGUUCUUUCUCGGGCUGAAGCUAUGCACCACCCACAAUACCAGCUGUUCCAGCGCAUGAAGCUGGAUGCCAAGAUUGAAUUCGAGAUUAUGCGCUGGCUGGCCUGGGGACACAUGGGCGGCGGCGUUCUGGUCAAUUGGCUCGCAUUGCCCAUGGCCGAGUAUGAAAACCCCAUGCUGAGCUUUUUGCGACGGAACGAAUAUCCCAAGCUGUCAAGAGUUCAAUCUUUGGACAACGCUGUCUUCUUCGGAGACCGAAUGACUGUCGAUGAUGCUAUCAAGAAGGUCAUGGGCAACGAUCUGUUGAAGAAUGUUACUGCGAGCAAGGACAAGCUCUCCAAGCUAGCGAAAAAAGAGGGUGGGCCAGUCGUCAAUCUUCUGUCUACAAAGGACAUACAAGUAGACAACAAGGCCAACGGUAUCGCAUCCUACAACAUGGCCACCAUCUCCAGCAAGUACAAGACGGUUGCCGACAAGUUUACCAACACAACCCAAGCCGUGGCCCUUGACUUACUCGCGACUCUCAUAAACUCACAUCUUCAUCUGACCUGGCAAGAGCAACACCCCGAAGGCGUCGCUAUUGUGAAGCCAGUACCAGAACAUACUACUGCCCUCUUACGCGAGACGACGGAUAUUGCGCGCAACCUGACACAAUGCCCAAGUUCUCCGAUGCCCAAAUCGUGUCCCCCUAAUCGGCCCAAGUGCAAACCUUGCGAUGCCAACAAGUCCAUGAAGCUUCAGCAAUUUCCGGAGUUUGUGAACACAACUAAGUUCUUUACGAUUGGAACCGUUCCGCACCCCUACACACUCACUUCGUUGCAUUACACACGCGACAUGAUAGACACCAACUUCUUGCGCAAUAGCGCUUCGCGCGAUCUAUGGAUACGGAAGCUAACUGAUAAGUCGAUUCCGAGUGAACACACUGAAGAGUUCCGUGUACUCAAGUUCAAAGAGCUAGUAGCAGCAGCUCCAGCGCAUACCUUGUGGCUUACAGCCGAACGCAUCACGCAAGAUGAUCUGGACUGGAUUUUUGGAUUCGGUCUCCCACAGAACGCCUCCACAACCGCUGAGCCCAGUUCGCCAAGCAAGGAAUCCGAGAUCAUCAUCUUCCCGCGUCCGGAACCUCCCAAGCCCAUCGAGGGUAUAGAUGUGCCGGACGAGAAAUGGAUUGAGAAGGAGCAAGAGCGCCUGAAGAAGGCGCGCGAUGCUAUCAAGAGCAAGGAUAGGAACAUGAAGUCGGUGGUCGGGGCUGUGGAGCAGUGGAACCUAGCAGAUACGGAAGCCUGGAGGUUUUCGCGUGCCUACUCAGCAAGGAGACGGCAAGAGCGGAAGAAGUGGGAAGAAGAAGAGGCAAAGUUCUCAGGCAGUGAGAAGAAGGCUGGAGUCAGGCCCGGAGAGGGUGGUGGAAGAUGGACUGAUAGGAGCUAAUCCAGAUAGCGGCUUUUGAAAAUUGCAUACAUUUCUGGCGAUACUGAGUACUCGAGAGCUGAUACGACGUCUUCCCUUUCAAAACCAAAGACCUUCUCCACAGGCACGUUAAGGUUCUUAGAAGUCACAAAACGCGUGACAUCUUCUAGCUGUUGCUUGGACCCCACCAUGAUGCCGCGAACAAUCGCACCCUUGGAGAGGGCCAGCGCUGCUACAUCAGGCAUCUUCUCUUG